GACGUGCAGCUCCUGUCCACACUUAAUGUAUGCAUGCACAUUGGAUCACCCAGCCCUGGUCUUUCUGCUUCCAUGGAUAACUGCAUGACCCUGAGAGGGAACCUCCUUAGAUUUAGCAUCCUAGGUUCCUCACACGCCUCACCCUGAAACCUGGCCCUCCCGCAGCCCCAGCACCAUUUGUCCCAUCAGUGACCAGAUUCAUAUUCUGGUGUAGCCUCUGUUGCCGGAGCCAGUGCUGAACCAGUCCGCCUUUUCCCCGGGAAGUGUCCGCCCUUCCCUCCUGUUAGGGUUGGCUCUCGAGCUUGUGUACCAGUUCCUGGGUUGGCCGUGAGAGUUCUACAGACAAGGGGGAAGUGCGCUCGGUGUAUUUCCUGUGGUGGGUGUACAUGCAGCUAGACACAGCUAACUUGAGUCUUGGAGCUCCUAGAGGGGAGCUUCUGGAAAGGAAGCUUCUUCAGGACCUCUCGGAAGCCAGAGAAGAGGCCAUUGUCACAGAUAAAAGAGCCAGCUCACCAGCUCCUGACACAUGCAUCGUGACCAUGAGACACAACUGGACACCAGACCUCAGCUUCUUGUGGGUCCUGCUGUGUGCCCACAUCAUCACUCUUCUGGUCAGAGCCACACCUGUCUCGCAGACCACCACAGCUGCCACUGCCUCAUCUAGAAGCACAAAGGACCCCUGCCCCUGCCAGCCCCCAGUGUUCCCAGCAGCUAAGCAGUGUCCAGCAUUGGAAGUGACCUGGCCAGAGGUGGAAGUGCCACUGAAUGGAACGCUGACCUUAUCCUGUACGGCCUGCAGCCGCUUCCCCAACUUCAGCAUGCUCUACUGGCUGGGCAAUGGUUCCUUCAUUGAGCACCUCCCAGGCCAGCUGUGGGAGGGGAGCACCAGCCGGGAACAUGGGAGCACAGGUACGCGGCUGUACAAGGCCUUGGUGCUGGAGCAGCUGACCCCUGCGCUGCACAGCACCAACUUCUCCUGUGUGCUCAUGGACCCCGAACAGGUUGUCCAGCGUCACGUCAUCCUGGCCCAGCUCUGGGCUGGGCUGAGGACAACCUUGCCCCCCACUCAAGAAGCCCUGCCCUCCAGCCACAGCACAGGGCCACAGCAGCCCACAGCAGCAGGGUUAAGACUCAGCACAGGGCCAGCAGCAGCACGACCUUGACCAGAGCCUGGGUCCUACCCGUCUACCUGAAGUGAACAGUCCCUGACUGCCUGCAGGCUGUGUGGGCGAGCAACGCACCCCCUCCUCCUCUGCUUUGGGUCCCUUCUCUCACCAAAUUUCAACUCCAUUCCCACCUACCUGGAAAAUCGCAGCCUCCUUAUAAUAAUGCCUCCUCCUCCUCAUGCCAUUUUCUCUCUACCUACCCAUUAGCUUUCCUAACGUCCUACUCCUCACACUGCUGUACUGCUCAGAAACCACCAAGACUGUUGAUGCCUUAGCCUUGCACUCCAGGGCCCUACCUACAUUUCCCACAUGACUUUCCGGACGCCUCCAACUAUUCUUGCUUUCCCCAGACAGCUCCCACUCCCAUGUCUCUGCUCAUUUAGUCCCGUCUUCCUCACCAUCCCAGCAGGGGAACUCUGAAGCCUGGUUGAAACGCCACCUCUUCAAUGAAGUUACCCUUGUUCAGCUCUGGCCACAUUCUGCAGACUUCAUGUCUUCUUGCUGUAUGUUUUUUUGUUGUUUUCCUUCACUCUAAUGGACUGAUCCAGGGAAGGGAUGGGGGCAGUGGCUGCUUCGGCUCCACACUGUAUCUGUGUCAUCCCCACAUGGGUCCUCAUAAAGGAUUAUUCAAUAGAG